UCUACAUACACAUCCCCCCGAUCUCCCCAAUAGACCCCCAAACCACCACAAGCAGAGAGAGAAACCAAAAUGACCGGCCUCACCCCCUCCCAACUCGCCUCCUUCCAGGAAAACGGCUACCUCGUGAUCCCCUCAUACCUCUCCCCCGAGGAAAUCACCUCCCUCCUCACCGAAACCAACCACCUCCUAGACACCUUCGACCUCACCACCCACCCCCUCACACAAUUCACCACCGGCGACGACGCAAAAGACAACAAGCCCCACGUCGGCGACGACUACUUCCUCACCUCCGGCGACAAAGUGCGCUUCUUCUUCGAACCCGACGCCAUCUCCCCAACCCCCGACCCAGCAACCGGCCGCCCCGCCCUCCUCAAACCCAAGCAACAAGCCGUCAAUAAAAUCGGGCACUCCCUGCACUCGCUGUCCCCACCGUUCGAGGCCGUCUCGCUGUCGGCAAAGAACGCCGCCGUCGCGCGCGAUCUCGGCUUCCAAGAUCCCCGCGUCCUCCAGAGCAUGGUGAUCUGCAAGCAGCCGGGGAUCGGCGGCGCGGUGCCCCCGCACCGGGACUCGGAAUUUCUGUACACGAGUCCGCCGUCGGCGGUGGGGUGGUGGUUUGCGCUGCAGGAUGCCGGGCCCGGGAAUGCGACGCUGGGGAUGUUUCCUGGUUCGCAGAGGGGGAGGGCCGGGGGGGCUGUGAAGAGAAGGUUUGUGAGAAGGGCGGAUGGGUUGGGCACGGAGUUUGUGAGUAACGAGGGAGCGAGCUUGCCAAAGGGACAGGAGGAGGCGGAGGUGGAGGGACAGGCGCCCAAGGAGGAGGAUGUCCAGGUGUUGGAUAUCAAGGCCGGUUCGUUGGUCUUGAUCCAUGGCAAUGUGCUGCAUCAGAGUGAGAGGAAUACGAGCCAGCGGAGUCGGUUUGCGUAUACCUUUCAUGUUAUCGAGGGCGCGGAGGGAUGGGAGUAUGAUGAGAGGAACUGGUUGCAGCCGGCGGAGGGGGGUUUUUCGAAGUUGUAUAAGGAUUGAGUUGGAGAUAGGGAGGAAGGGGUGUAUAUAGGGAGGCUACGGUUACGAACAUAUAAGAAGAUUCAUUCAGUGGUUCAUCAAGUGCGCUAAGCUGUUGAUUGGAUUUGAUAUACAAAUGGAAGUCUUUUGGAUCCCGAACCCCAA